GCCGAUUCACCGAAGGUGAGCCGGUCCUAUGCGAGAGAAGACCUUGCGGUGGAUCGGUUUGGUCUGGCCUAGAGCGGAUGCUUUCAUAUUUGAUGGGAAAACGGUCUGGACUUCAGUCCAGUAUGGUCUGCGGGCUUCCGCAUGGCUCGACCGCAGCGGUUCACCCACGGUGGAUGAACCGUUCGGCAUACCUUGUCCCACACGAACUACUCACACGGCCGGCGACGGCGGUCGGACAACAUGGCUCAUCUGGAGGGACUUCUUGUCUCCAGAUGCACAUAAGGCUUCGCCUCCUGUCCUCCCACUCCCCCGUCCCUGCCGACCUUCAUCGCGCAUUCUGGCUGGCCUUGCUCUUUUCAUCGGACCUUCGUUCUCUUGACUGCUCAAGCGCGACUCACCUCGACCGUGGAACUCUAAAACUCGAAGGCAUGGUCAGACCCGUUGAGCAGGAGCGAAACGUCAAAAGCCGCUCAUCAACGUCGCCGCGUGCAAGUCGAACGCGUCCAAAGCGCGUCGACUGCCGCCGUUCAUGUUGGCAAAGUCACGCGUGCACGUCGAACAUUGUUCUCGCAUGUUCGUGGUACGCGUUCCUGCUUUCGCCUGUCAUCGCGCGUCGCCUCGGGCCCUCAUCUUCCGUUUGGACAAUGACCAAGGUGCAAGAGUCCACAAACUUCACGUUCGGACCGUCUCCCUCCAUGUUAGGCUCAAGACCGUGCUGCUGUCAAGUCAACCAACACUUUCCAACGGAUCAAGCCCGCGGUCAAUACCGAACACAUUGCGCUCGAUGCGCGGCAUUGAAGGACAUGCCAGUGCAACCUAGAGCGAACGCCAUGGAAUACGGCCAUCACAGCCCACCUCGGACCUCUAUACCACACGCCGAACGCGAGACGCUCCCUUAGAUCGACCUCACCAUCCGUGGCAAGUCACGGUCAACCUCUAUGGCCUGCGAGUACACCAUCGCAGCCGUAUCGUUCGAACAUUGCUUGACGU